AUGCUGGUAACCUAUUUGGAAGCCAGCCGGGACCUUUGCGAGACGGACUCAGUUCUUUUUGGCGCCGCAGUGGCAGCUUGCCGUAUUAUUGGCGCCAAACUUCCCAUGGCUGGACGCGCUACUAAACAAAGUAGCGCCAUCCCAGCCUGGAGAAAAAGAAUUGAGGACCGUAUCGCAAAGGCAAGGGCCCUUAUCGGCAGACUGAUAAGUUUCAGGUCGGCCGGAUAUGACGCAGAAACUAACGGAGCGCAUAGACGAACUGAAGUAAAAGAUUGCUGCUUGGGGGAAGCGGAUUCGCCGAUUUACCGAGAGUUCAAGGCGGUUCAACCAGAAUCGUCUCUUCAGGAUGUUAAGAAGAGGCUCUACAAAUCAUUGGAGCGACCAGAGGUAUGUGGAGCGGGCCCAGGAUCGGAUCAGGCUAACACUGUCGCAUUUUGGCGUGGCCUGUAG